CGAUAAAAAAGACAACGCAUGUUCCAGAUAUACCUACCAGUCAUAGACAGGCAGAAUGAAAUUUUACUUCCGUACUAUAAUUUCCUUUCUGAGCUUUUAUUACUUGAAUUAAAUACUCCGUAAUUAAAAUUGAGUUUUAACGGUUAACCCAUAAAAAUCGGUUCUUUUUCCACAGCAAGAUGUCGCCAAGUAAACAUAACCCAAUUUCUUCUUCACCCUCAUCUUCCAUGUCGAUUUCUGGCAUCCAUGGUCAACUCCUCGAAGUAACCGUUGUUUCUUGCCAAAAGCUGAAGGACACCGAAUGGAUCUCCAGGCAAGAUCCAUAUGUCUGUCUCGAAUAUGGUGCCACCAAAUUCCGGACGCGAACGUGUACAGAUGGAGGGAAGAAUCCAACGUUUCAAGAAAAAUUUGUGUUUUCAUUGAUUGAGGGUUUAAGAGAGCUGAAUGUUGUUGUCUGGAAUAGCAAUACCAUCACUUACGAUGAUUUCAUUGGCAGUGGAAAGGUUGUACUUCAUAAAGUUCUCUGUGAAGGGUAUGAUGAUAUCUCAUGGCCACUCCAAACAAAGACUGGAAGAAAUGCAGGAGAAAUUCGCCUGAUAAUGCACUAUGCAAAUGCUAAGAAGCAGCCCACAUGCCACGCUCCAUCUGCUCCUCCCUAUAUUGCAUCUCCAUUCUCACCCCCACUCCCGCCUCCCAUUGCCUCUUACCCAACACCCUCUUCUUAUCAUACACAGUCUCCUGCCCCUUAUUCUCCAUACGCCCCACCUCCGGGAGCCUAUCCUCCGACUCCUCAACAAUCUGCUUAUCCACAUCCUUAUGGUGCACCGCCACCUUCGGCAUAUCCUCCCCCAAUGUACCCGCCACCAGCUUAUAAUUCAUUACAUUAUCCUCCCCAAGGUCAUUAUCCCGGUCCUCCUGGAAGCUAUCCUCCCCCACACUACUAAAGACAAAGGUCCUUUUGAAUUCUUGAACCAUGUGAAUGUACAAAUUUUCCUAAUAUGUUUGUUAGUUUGUAUCUGGGUUACAGUGAGUGAUUGGUUACAUUCGUUUAACUUCUCAACUGCUUGGGGUUACAUAUUUAGUAGUGAGUCGUCUGAGUAGUUGUACAUGUGUGUUUGAUGAUGACUUACUGUUUUUACUUCUCAAAUCUCAAGUGCUUUUAAUUUAUGAAUAUUAUCAGAACUUUCUCAGUUUGACAGUAUCAACUGUAUCGUGAUACGUCAAACACCUUAUGAUUCGAUGACAUUACUGUGACACUCCAAAGGAGAUCACGAAUUUGAAACUCA